AUGAUGAAUUUGAUCGGGAUCGCAAUCGUUGUUUUGAGCAUCACUCCACUGGUGCACAGCUCAAACAAUUCUUUUGCCUGGUGCUACCAUGACGCAUCCUGCAAUGCCGCUACCUGGGCAACCCAGGUCGCUCAGCAUUGUGCUGGUUCUCGUCAGUCUCCCAUCGACAUCAUGUCCAAGAAGGCCAAAUACAACGCCAAUCUGACCAGCUUCAAAUUCACCAACUUUGACAGCAAGACCGCCCUGACCACCAUCAUGAACACUGGAAGAACAGUGAAAGUGGUCAUUGGCAGUGGUGUGACAGUGUCUGGAGGGGGUCUGUCUGAAGCGUACACCAGCCACCAGCUCAACCUCCACUGGGGAAACGGCACCUCUGUCCCGGGCUCUGAACACACUAUGGACGGCAAACGCUAUCCAAUGGAGCUCCACAUUUUGAGCACGAAAUCCUCUCACAAAGGGAACAUGACGGUGUCUAUGGCAGAUUCAAAAGGAUUUGCGGCUUUUGGAUUCCUUGUUCAAGUGGAUGAGAAAACAACAGGAAAACCCAUGGCAUGGAAGACUCUCACUUCUUACCUGUCUCAGAUUUCUCAGAAAGACCAGUCCGUUUCUGUGAGUGGGAUUUCUCUGGAUGAACUUCUGACUGGAGUGAACCGCAAGAGGUUCUACCGCUACAUGGGCUCCCUGACCACACCCACCUGUGACGAGGCCGUGGUCUGGACCGUCUUCAAAGAGCCCGUCGUAGUCAGUAAGGAUUUGAUCAACCUUUUUGCCUCGACCGUGCGGAUCGGAAACGGCACCUCUGUGUACAUGAGGAACACCUACAGGAGCGUCCAGGCCGAGCAGGGCGUCACCCACAGCUCCGGCCCCAUGACCCGCCCCACCUUUGGACUCUUCCUGAUCGCACUCGCACUAUGGAUGAGUUAA